CGUCACCUUCUUAUAUAAAGCUGUCGACCAUGAAAACUGGCUAAAUUUGAUUUUCUUUUCGCUUUAGUGCAUCCAACAUCCACACCACGCCACAAGCGCUAUGACAAUGCCAAAAGUGGUCAGUUACACUCCGCCAUGGCUUUCUCGACCAUCUCCGGGCGCCACCCUCUUUUCCAGCGCGCCCUCGAAGAUCGCAGAAGAAGAGCUGUAUGGACAGAAUAAGACAGCUUACGAGGGCCCAAGGAGAACAUUGGCAAGGAGAGGGAAUGAAGUGUUUGCUGUGGUGGACAACCAAAUUCGCUGGUCGAGCCUCACGCGGCUGAAGGAUGAAUGGCAGCAGCAAUCAAAGUUGAAGAAGGGCUUUGAUGGCAAAGCUCAAGAUGAGGAAGCGAAGGAGAAACGUGAAUAUUACCGAGUUCUAACUGUACCUGUAUCCGACGAAAUCAGGCAGAUUAUUCCCUCCCCAAAUGGUGCAUUUAUGGCCAUUAUCACGGAUCACACCGUUCACAUAUCUGUAAUUCCGGAUUCCUCUCAUCUCGCCAGUUCAGACACAUCCCCCAUUCGUCUCAAGACAUAUCAGCUUGGUCCGACAACUCAUGUGAUUCCCCAGUCACCUGUGGUCUCAGCGAUAUGGCAUCCCUUGGGACUUCAAUCCAAUUUGAUGGGCUGCAUAGUGACUGUCACUGCCGAUUCAGCAGUUCGGGUCUGGGAACUAGACAGGAACAAUCACUGGUCGUUUGAUCGACCUACGCUGGCAAUUGACUUGAAAAAGCUCGUGGACGGCACGUCGUCGGAUCAAGAUUUCUCGCCUUUGGCAUUUGGCCAAAGCAAAGGCUUUUCUGCUGAUGGUAUUGAUAUGGAGACUGUCUCGGCUUGCUUUGCGGGUAGUGGACACGAAUCAGAAGAUGUCUGGGCACCCAUGACUUUAUGGGUCGCCAUGCGGCCUGGUGAUCUCUACGCUCUCUGUCCUUUGUUGCCCUCCAGGUGGCAAGCGCCAUCGACUACUAUUCCCUCGCUUUCUGCAACUAUUGUUCCCAAGCUGGGCGCGCUAGAGGAAGACCCAGAGGAUUCAGAAGAUCAGUUAACCUACUGCCGUCAACAGUAUGAGUGGCUGAGAACAAUCGAUGAGGAGGGACCGUUAUUUAAUUCAUCCGACCUGGCGACCAUACCUGGUGCGGAAGUUUUCACUCGUCCGGCGAAUCCAAGUGCCGUCCCGAGGUUGCAAGGACCUUUCCGCUUUGACGACGACGAUGUUUCUGAUGACUUGGACCUUUGCGAUCUUCUUGUAAUUCCGGCCAAAAUUGACGUCGCUGAUCUUAUGAUAGGCGAGGAAGAUGAGUUAGUUGUAGAGGAGAGCGGAAAGGAUAAACUUUCAGUAACUGUUCUUUGCCUGUCAACUGCCAGUGGCGUGGUCCAUAUAUGCUUGAACCUUGACGGUGUCGAGGGACAAUGGCUUCCAAAGACCAAACCGAACACAUUUUCGAUGCCUUUUUGGGAUGCUUCCGAACUGGUCCUCGUCGAGUCACUGGGUACAGUCAGGGAAGACCGCCGUCAAUCAAACUCAUGGCCCAUAUUUACAAAGGAUGUCCGCUCGGCUUACGAAUUUUAUGUCACGAAUGCGAAUAACGUGGUAUGCAUCUCCUUUUCUCCGUGGGUUCAGAGGCUCGAAGCCGAACUGCAAUCAGAGGACACGUCUGGCUCGGCUUUUCGACUACAAGUUCUCUGCGAGGGUCUAGCGUCCUCGAGAGAACGAGUCAUCCAAGUGGAUGAUGAAGCUGAUAGUUCCGCCGUGGUUAAAAGCCAGAAGGCUCAUUUGGCAUCCUCUAUUGUAUUUUAUGAUUACGAUGUUGGAUAUCUGCUGCUCACUUACCGUUCCUCGCUUCCUUAUGCUGCCAUUCUGGAUUCACCUGAGGUUUCUUUCCCGUCAUUAACAGAUCUCCCGGCACUGGAGGCCCCCGGACAACUACCCGGCCCAUCUCUUCCUCUUCCUCGGAGACCUCCUUAUCAGGUUCCCGCAAUCUUUUAUUCUGGUUCACCUUUGGAGUCGUUCGUUGAAAAGCAUGUUCCUCACCGCCAGCGACAUACUCUUAAGGAACAAGUUCGCCUAUCACCAGCGACCUUGGAUAUGGUUGCAGCUGCGCACCGGAUCCUGUCCGCUCACACCAACGCUCUCGAGAGAGCCGCGUCGGAUUUGUUCCGUCGCUGCGAAUUAUUGGGAGGGGAGAUACGCGAUCAGCUGAAGCAAUUAGGUGAUGUAGCUGAACGCAUUCACGGCGUGUCGAGUGAACUCGAGGAGGAUGGGAAGUGGAAAGAAGGGUCCCGGAGUGGCGAUGCUUUGGAUAAGAGACUGCAAGCCGCCAAAGAUAGACAGAAGAAUCUUGUACAGAGAUAUGAGAAUCUGCGAAACAGGAUCUUAAAUUCCGGUGGUCGACCGCUCAGCAGGAAGGAAGAAGCUUGGAUCUCGGAGGUGAACGUGUUAUCGGAGUCGGUGGGCGAACCGGAUCAGACGUCAGAGGGAGGACGUCAAACACUUUCAGAGAGAUUAGAGGACAUCAAAACAAUUGCUUCAAGCCUGCUGAGUGAAGCAAAGUCCAUUUCCGCGAAAGCACCUCCCUCUGAACCUGGAAGUCCCGCACGUGGACUUUCAACUCCUUCUGCAAAGGGAAUUCCCCAGAGGUUACAGCGUGCAAGGACCGCUGAUACAAUGAGGAUGGUUGAGCGAGAAUCCGCUGUUAUUGAUGCCAUUACAUCUCGUUUGGAACGCCUCAAUACGAGCAUAUCUAGCUACUAAACCUAUUUCCAGCAAGUCAUUGUCACAUAUAGAGGACUUGUUGAUAGUCCGUAUGUAUUUUGUCAUUUGGUCUGGCAAUUCAGAUAGGCUUCCGGAACUUCUACUCUGAGUAAUAAAAAAAUUGUAGUAAUUGAA